AUGUCCGACAUUACCAACUUCAUCACCGCCCUCGAGGCCGCUCAGAAGAAGGAGAAGUUCACCGCCGAGGUCCAGGAGGCCGCCGCCGGCAUUGACGUCGCCGCCCUCAAGGCCGCUGUCGCCGCGAGCCUCACCAUGGACGAGACCGACACCAUCUCUGAUGAGGCGCAGAAGACCGCGCUCCAGAAGGGCUUCGAGUUCGCCACCAAGGUCGUCAUGAUGCUGAAGACUGCCCCCGGCCCCUUCGAGAAGAAGGAUCUCUACGUCAACUUCAAGAUCGCCAAGGGCGAGGUCCUGGAGAAGCCUGGCAUGUUUGAUAUGGUGAAGAAGCAGCUCUACGGCGCGUGGGAGAAGGUCAAGCACUUCAGUCCCGAGAAGGCCCAGGCUCUCUACAUUGAGCACGUCAACGAGUUCAUCGGCAAGUACGGCAUCCGCGACGAGUAA